CCCAGAUUUGGAAUUGCAGUAUUUGGAGUUGGGCGUAUUGGGAUAGUCCACGUGAAGAACCUGUGUAAUGAUAGACGUGCAGGUGUUCUCUGGUUGGUUGAUGAAAUGGCGACUUUCCCACGAUUAAAGGAGUUACUAUCUGAGUGUCAUCUUGAAGGCAAGGUAGCAAUAACUACACCGGGCUGUGCAAAUGACGUGCUAGCUGAUCCUCGAGUGACAGCCAUCUUGGUAUGCACACCAGCACCUCACCAUGAAGCUCUGAUUGAGGCCGCCUUAGCCGCAGGUAAGCAUGUGUUCACAGAGAAAACCCAUUGCGCUGUCUCUGGAGGCUGCAGACAAACUGUAUAAAAAGGCCAAGCUCAAAAAUAAGGUGCUGUUCUGUGCCUUCAAUAGGCGCCAUGAUCCUCAACUACGGAAAAUGCAUCAGUCUAUCAAACAAGGUGACAUUGGAGAGUUACGAAUGAUCAAAAUUUGCAGUCGAGAUCCGCCAUCACAUUGUAACCCAGCCUACAUGAAGCUCUCAGGUGGCAUUUUUCUAGACAGCAUGGUUCAUGACUUUGAUAUGAUUACUGGUUAGCCAAUGAAAUUCCAGAGUCUGUCAUAGCUAAGGGCCAUGCUUACAGCAAAGCGUAUGCAGAGAUUGGUGAUGUGGACAGCGCAGCAGUAAUGCUACAGUUUAGGAGUGGCCUCAUAGGUCUACUGGACAAUAGCCGUUCAGCUGUGUACGGAUAUGACCAGAGAGUUGAGGUUAUGGGAUCUAAGGGAAUGUUAGUGUCUUCUAACCCCAAAAUGUCCUCGUUAGAGAGGUGGACCCCUGAUGGCACUACUCAAGAGACAGCUUAUUUCAGCUGUAUGGAAGAUACGCUGACAGCUAUGUGCACGAGAUUAGACAUUUCCUGGAUGUGCUAGAGGGUAAAGCCGUCUGUGAGGAUGAAAAAUGGCGAGGGAGCAUUGGCCGCAGUAAAACUGGCACAGUUGUGUGGGGAGUCUAUGAAGACUGGCCAAGUUGUCUAUCUCAAGGAAUGAAGACAGGCAAGUUGUCUAUCUCAAGGAAUACAGACAAUCCUCAAAAUA